AUGGCUAACGACACGUCGCACACCGCUGCGGAACGCACCCUUGGCAUCUACGAGCUCCUCGAAGCUAUUCUCCUCGAAGUCCCUGCCACAGCCCUAUUCCGCGUCCAGCAAGUCAACAAAGGCUUUCGCGACAUCGUGCAGCGUUCUUCGCGCCUCUCUUCCAAGCUCCUAACACCCACGCCGAUCUUCACAGGCUCUGAAGAUAUCACAAAGGAGUUCACGCCUCUGAUGGACAUUCUACCAGACGGUUUCGCCUGGAUCUAUGCCCGUCGCGAGAGAACAGGUGGUCCGCUACUUGUCCAUGGGACCAUUAUGCCCUGCGGUCUAGAUACCUGCGAAAUGCACAGCAAGGCUGGCUCCUGGAGGAAAGUGCAUUUGUUCCGUGCUUCGACGACUAAGGUGACGAUAUCAUCGAGUUCCAGAAGGGCCAAUUGGGUGGGUUUUGGGAGCGAAAGGCUGGUUUAUCAUCGCGAUGGGGGGAUUACGUUGGGAGAUAUGGUGGAUGUUGCGAUGGAGCUGGAUGCGCUUGAGGCGAGGAGGUAUGCUAGGAAUGGGGAUUUGAUUUUUGAGACGAUGGUGGAGGAGGAUGGGACGAGCUUGGAGCAGGAUCUGGGGGUGAGGGAUUAUUUUGAGUUCGUGGAAGAGAGACGGAGGGUUCUCGCGAUGGAGGCAAGAAGAGUCGAAUAUCUCCGUCGAAUGGAACGCGAUGAUGGCACGUGGCGUCUAGGGUAUUUCUCGAACAGGAUCGCUUCGAGAAUUCCAUCGCCACGACCAAGAAGCCAAACAACCCGAGAACACACGACCCAAGAGAUUGAAAGCGGACCUUGCAGCGUGGAGGAUGUCGAAUCCUAG